AUGUCGACCAGUACGACCACAACCUUCCAACGUCCGAAUGGCGCCAGUGUUGCCAAUUCCACCGAUGCGCAAGAUGGCCAAGGCGUUUCUUCUCGCCGUCUAAAGAAACGAGAAAUCGAUAGAAGAUGUCAGCGGCAAGCUCGCGAGCGCACAAAGAGCCGCAUCGCCUAUCUCGAAGGGCUCGUGGAGGAUUUUAGGCGACAGGACUCCAGUGGACAAGUCGCUACUUUGAUGAAGCAGUUACAAGAGGUGGAGUCGGAGCGAGACAUGAUGAGCAAGACCUUGAAGGACAUUCAAAAGGCCAUGGACGUACACAAACCUUCCAAAGAAGACUCCUCUUCUUACAAUGUCAAUCCAGAUCCGAUGGUCCUGGUGGACGGCUUCAAUGACGAGAACGAGGAACGAAAACCAAGCAUCAUCUCCUUGACCCGCAGGGCAUCUGCUCCUCUGAGUGACCACAUACCGGACACCAACCCACAAACCGAUUUUGACCUCGCCACCUUCUCCCCUGCUCCAAGCCUCCAUAUGCCGUCGCAUGAAAUAUUAUUUGGCCCACAAGUCGUUCGGCUGGACAGUGACAGUCCUCAGUCAACGAGCCAAGCAUUGGUACAAUCCAAGGCCAUUGUCGAUCCUAAUUUAAUGCCUACUUCGUAUGCCAACAACUGGGAUCAGCCCAUGAAUGGGUGUGCUUGCCAAAACAGCCACAAUCACUCCGGUAUGCCAGCGAGAAAAUCGCAAUGGCGAGGAAACUAUUGGAGAUAUGCCAAUGAAGUACUCAGCGAAAGAUUCGAUUGGCCGGAGAAUGUUGAACCCACAUCUGAUGCGGUGGCUGAUGAUGUUCCCGUUCGAGCAGUACUCGAAGGGUGGGAUGCAGUUGCAAAAAGAGGGCCUAUACACCCCUCAUGGCAGAUUCUACGACGAAUUGACCAGACAUUGUUCAGAACCUGCCCGGACACGGAACGUCUCGCCAUCCUAAGGGCAAUGCACAGCCUUUUACAGUUCCAUACCGAGUCGACAUCUGAUCGAUAUGCCCGCCUUCCUCCUUGGUACAACAAGCGACCCUCACAGAAAAUCGCACAUUCUUAUGCAAUCGAUUUUUUCGCCUGGCCUGGUCUGCGGGAACGAUUCAUAUUCGGCGAACAUAAUUAUUGCGAUAACGAGUUCUGGAAAUUAUUUUGCACCUCUCUUCGUAUUCUGUGGCCUUUCGAAUUUCGUGAUUGUUAUACACGAGAAAUUGAGACGGGUUUGUAUAAAAUUUCACCACAUUUUGAUGAGCGUCUUUACGACAUCAAAAGCUGGACCAUGGGUCCGGACAUCUUUCGACGCUUUCCAGAAUUGUACAGCGACAUGCCAUCGUUCAACACUGUUCCCGCAAGCGUGAGAUUGCCAAGAUCACCUUCCACGUCUGCCUUAUUGUUGUCGGCGCCAGAGCCUGUGCCAGUGCAUUCGGCCAAGAAAUCGAACACCUCCGGUGUAGAGAAGCGGAAAAGAAAGGAACCUCACAUCCAGAAACAGCAGAUACAACAUGAAAACCAAACAACGUAUCCGACCGUCAACUUGCAAAUGCCUAUUCAACAUAUGCCUCAAGUGCCCAGUGGUUUUCAGUACAUGAUCCCUGAACAGCAGACCAUGACUGCGCUUGAUGCUUUCGCAUAUGGAGCAAUAAGCGAGGCUGAAUUCGCUACAAUGUAUCACCCUGAAGAUCUUGAGGGUUAUCCAAAUAUCAUAUUUUGA